AUGAGUAGCGGUCCCGGCCCCGGUUUCUUCAAGUACCGGUGCAUCUAUAUGUACCUGUACGAGUGCCCCAACUGGUCCUGGGUAAACAGGCAGCCGUGCAGCACAUGCAUGGGCCUCGGACGCUUCGGCGAGGAGUUUGGCCUCGAGCCGCCGGGCUAUAAAAAGCAUGAGAAAAAGCCGCAGGAAAAGACGCAGGCUAUACAGCCGCCGCCGCUGACUCGUCGGCGCCGCCGCCAGCCUUACCCCAAGCGUCCCGCCGGCUCCCAAGCGCUGAAGCCCGCCCCGCCGCCGGCCUCCGCGCCGCCGUCCUCCGCGCCGCCGUCCUCCGCGCCGCCGUCCUCCGCACCGCCCCUGGCUCUGCGUCCCUUCCCACGAGCGCGCCUUCGGGUGGGCGCCGAGUGA